GGCCCGGUUGGAAUGGAGCACUACGCCAAAAGUUGAAGUCGGAUUUCUCAAAUCUCAAAAAGAAAAAAAGGAAGCCGGAGACUUCGCAGCAAAAAGGGCACAGUCUCCCCUCUGCAGGCUGCAGCCACCACGCACACCGGCGGCGCUGGCCGGAGAUGGAGCCGACCGGCCGGAGUACCAAGAGGAUGAGACCCGCGCCACCCGACAUCCACCAAUCGACGCCAGGUCCAGCGGAGACGACCGAUCUGGAAGCCACGACCGCGGGGAGAACCCAACACCCGCCGCCGGGAGCUGGGAGAGAUGGCGGCGAGGGGUCGCCGGACCGCAUCAGCGAUCUUCCCGACGCGGUCCUCGGCGAGAUAAUCUUCCUCCUCCCCACCAAGGACGGCGCCCGCACUCAAGCCCUCGCGUCCCGGUGGCGCCACCUCUGGCGCGCCUCCCCUCUCAACCUCGACUGCCGGGGCCUCUCCGGCAACUUCCCCGGCGCCAUACUCUCCGCCCACGGGGGCCCCGUCCACCGCCUCUGCCUCCCGUCGCUCCUCCUCCAGUACAGAGCCGAUGUGGCAGGCACCUGGCUCCGCUCCCCCUCCCUGGACAAGCUCCAGGAGCUCGAGUUCUACCUAGAGCUGCCAAUAACAUACAGAUUUUCGUUCUCAAGGUUACAGCUGCUGCAACCACCGCCGGCGUCCAUCUUCAGGUUCUCGUCCACUCUCCGCGUUGCCACCAUCAGUCAGUGCCAUCUCCCGGACAAUACUGUGGAGACGCUUCAGUUUCCCCUGCUCAAGAAGCUUGCGCUCGUGGAGGUCAAAAUCUCGGAGGGCUUGCUGCAGAGCAUCAUCACCUCCGGCUGCCCUGCCCUGGAAAGCUUGUUGCUCAGGACUAGUUUUGACAUCCGUGGUCUCAGGAUCAACUCCCCUAUCCUUAAAAGUAUAGGCGUUCAUUCUAGGUUUGUAGAACUCAUCAUUCAGGAUGCUCCUUCACUUGAAAGAUUGCUCUGUCUGAGAAUGGAUAUGAGAAUGCGAGUGUCAGUAAUCUCCGCACCUAGACUGGCGACCUUGGGUUACAUUUCUCAGGAUUCACCGGACUCCAAAAUCAUGUUUGGCUCCACAGUUAUUCAGAGAUUGUGCGUUGUUAGCCUGACAAUGGUGGUGCGUACUGUCAAGAUCUUGGCUGUCCAUAUGAAUUUUAAUCUGGAUAUGGUUAUUGAGUUGAUGAAAUGCUUCGUAUGCCUGGAGAAGUUGUAUAUGAAGAUUCAGACAGAUUCACCAGCAGGAACAAAUUUCUGGCGUCAUAAACACCGGAAUUUUAUCACAUCUCAGGACAUUCGUUUGAAGACCUUAGUGCUAGGGCAUUACCGAGGCAUCCAGGCACAAGUUAACUUUGUCACAUUCUUCAUACUGAAUGCGAAACUGCUAGAGUCCAUCCGACUUGAGGUUGAUUCCAGGGAUUACAAUGACGGAUUUUUCGCAGAACAAUGUAGGAUGCUUCAGAUGGAGAAAAGGGUUUCUAGAGGUGCUCAGCUCUGUGUUACAACAGGUUCUCACAAUGAUGUUUCGAGCACCGUUGACCUCAGUGAUUUGGAUUUGGUUGAUCCAUUCACAUGUAGAUGUUGAGAGUGGGCCUGGCUCCUGGUUGAGUUAUUCUUGCGUAUCUCAUUCUGUGGUUUUGCCCAAGCUUG